AUGGCAAGACGGGCGGCCCAGCACGCUCGCACCUCGUCCUCCUCGUCCCACGACGGCCAAACACCCUCGACGGUACCACCGACACCGGACCUCUCCUCGCUCCAGCCCAAACCCUGCAUCACAUGCGGACGCAUCAUCACGCCACGUGCCAAGUGGGCCAAGAACUGGGACGGAAUCAAGACGUGUUCCGACCGAUGUCGCUCCACCAAACCGGGCAAGAUCGUCGCCCUUUGGUCGGCACCUGACCAGCACGCCGUCGAGGCGUGUGAUGGGACGACCCUGAGUAGGCUGAUGAGGCAGGUGGAAGGCCAACAUGGGCAGAUCAAGGUCGACAUUGAAGACUGGGUCGAAGCGUGCAUCGUCGACGAGGCACGAUCCCAGUCGGCUACCAAGCGCAGACACAACGAGGCCGCACCUUCCGACACAAAGGCAAAGGCAAAGGGCAAUGGUAAGGGCAAGGCAAAGGCAAAGGGCGACCUGCUUUCGACGCUCGACGAUGUAGAGAGGACACUACAGCGAGAGACGAUGGCUAUCUUACGCCCACCGCAAGCGAUCGGCACCGACGACGACGGCGCACAGAGCGAGGAAACGCAGCCCGCCGCCCAGGUACCCUCCGAGAUGCACUCGCACCCGCUCUGGAUCGCCCUCGAUUCGCCACCGGGCCUGCGGGAGAGGGUCAGGAGGGCAGCACGCAGGCUCGCACUGGGUCUCCAGUCUCGACCAGACGCCGGUGAGGGACAGUCCGCAGGUCAGGACGCUGCACCACCCCUCAUCGAGCUCGUCCAGAAUGGCAAGGUGCUCCGCACGCUGCAAGACUUUUCAUUCGCAAAGGGCACCCUCUCGAUCCGCACGCCGAGUCGCUAG